AUUGGUAGAAAUUAAUGUGAACUAUUAAAUCUUAAAAAGUAAAUCCAAAAAACUGGCGUUGUGAAUAUUUACUUAUAGUGCAAAACAACAAAUAAUGUAGCCGCGUUAACUAGAAAGUUUUCUUAGCACAGACGAAAAAAGAAGCAAAGUACAAAAAGAGCGUUUUUCGGUUGAAUAAGCAACUUUUUUUUUAAAUUGAUAGAAAUGGAUGGAGGGAACCAACAACCGAUCCAGCUUUCACGUAAAUGUUACCCAUAUCCAUUGCUACGGAAUGUACAUAAAAGCUUGCCACCGCCAACAGCAACUACUGGAGCGGAGAAUCGAUGCGUCACUUUGUAUACGGAAGGGGAUUUCUUAUACUUCCAUUACGAUUGCGACGGCUACAAGGACAAUGGUUGGGGCUGUGCCUAUCGUACACUACAAACCCUUUGCUCUUGGAUUGCUGGUAAACGUUGUGAUACCGAUUUUGACACUAAAGUGCCAUCCAUCUUAGAAAUACAACAAACACUUGUAAAUACUGGAGAUAAAACAAAUGAUUUUGUUGGCUCACAUGAUUGGAUUGGCGCUAUUGAAAUAUUCUAUGCCUUGGAUACACUUUACGACGUUGUUUGCAAAAUCAUACACAUUGCACAUCAUGAUGAUUUGAAGAGAUAUGCCAACGUAUUAAAGAAAUAUUUCGAAGACUUUGGUGGAAUCAUUAUGAUGGGCGGCGAUAUGGAUGCUGCCUCAAAAGGCAUUGCGGGCAUACAUAUUAACGGCAAUCAAGUUUAUCUUCUAGUCAUUGAUCCCCACUUCGUCGGUGUUCCCGAAUCUGUGCAAGAACUAGUUGAACGCGGCUACAUACGUUGGCAGCAUACAUCGGAAUUUGUUGAUAGUUCCUUCUAUAAUAUUUGUUUACCCCAAAUAUAAUCAAAUGAUGCCAAAUACACAUAAAAUAAUCUGAUCUUUCGUACAUACAUAUAUACUUAUUGUAUACUUGUACAUACAUGUAUUAAUCAUUUGUUAACUGUUCAAAUUUUAUGACACCAUAUUAAACUGUUCAAAUAUAAUAUAUUAAAUGUUUA